GUUUAGGUGAAGUACACCGCCUGCCACGUUCUUCCCUUGACACAGUUAGGACGCCUUAUCACCAGUGCCACCGCAAUAGGAGCAGUUGAGCGUCGCCACGACCAUGCCAUACAGACGUGAGGGUGACGAUUACGUCCACCACCAACCCAAGUCAGGUAACGGCAGAGCUAUGCAACCUUCCCGCGCGUCGUCGUCAACAGAGACAUCGAUGCCGCCCCAGUACACAUGGCUGGAGGGCUUGUGGAUGGCGAUAGUGUCGAUCUCCUACCUGCUGGGCUACGGCAUCCAGAUCAGCAUCAUCGUGGAGAAGUACAGCCUGGGCGACGACCGACCCCCCAACUGUGGCCUCUACAUCUUCUUCUUCCUCGUCCCACACAUUAUGGCCGGCCUCAAGAACCUUCAGUACCACUACCGCGAGGCGAUGGAAGAGGAUGGUGAGGACAGCUCCCUGGGGUGGAUCAUCAACAUCGUCUUCCUCCCCUUCAGCCCCCUCAUCAGGUUUGUACGGGCGUGGAGGUUCGGCAUGGGGGAGAAAGACAACUGGGAGGACGGCAUUAGAUACGUGGACGAGAUGGUGACAGUGGGCGUCCUGCGGCUGUUUGAAGUGUUCCUGGGAGACGGACCAACACUCUGUCUGCUGCUGCGAGAUGACGUCUGGGGUCGCUCAACUGACUGGUCCGAAACCAUCAAUGGCCCCCAGAACCAGGUGAGGUGCGGCCCCCAGUGUUCGUUACAGCCUCAGAAUCCCAUACAGUUCUGGACCGUGUUCAGGAUGAUAUUCCUCCUGUCUAAGAUGGCCCAGUGUGUCACCUUCUACAUAGUAAUAGUGAAGCGGCUACAGCGUCUACAACACCCAGAGCACUUCCGUAACCAGAGGAACGCCAGCUCUAGGCAAGGCAGGGUGAACCUGUUUGCAACGCUCAUACUGUACAUCGCUCACUUCUUCUUUAUCGGGUCCCGGGUGAUAGGGUACAGCAUGGUGGAUACCGCGUGGGGUGGUUGGGUGUACCUCAUCGUGGGCGCUCACUGGCUCCUCAACACCGCCUGGCACCUCAUCACCUUACUCAACUCUAACGGCAUCACAGCAGCCAGGUAUGUAAGUCUUCGUUAGACUUGAGCACU